CUCAUUCUGACGCAGAGACUAGUAGUUUUAAAAUAUAGAUUCUCGCUGAUAUAUUAUAAUCGUGACUCUACCGACAUUUAUCAAGUAAACAACGCGUUUAAAAGGAUUUGCUUCAUUCAGUUUGAUUCGCGUUAUACAACUGUGAUAAACUUUAUCUAAUCGCACAGUGUCAUUAUAAACCAGACAACUAUAUAUUAGACAUAAACACAAACUUCUACAGUCAGUUGUACAGUUCAAGUUCAUAUUGCAAAAAUGGUGAAAGCAAAAAAGUGGAAUUACAUGAAACACUUCGAAGGGUGGCCUAAAAAGACCGAUGUCGAACUAGUGGAAGAAGAAAUGCGGCCUAUUGAAGACGGGGAAUUUCUUGCAAAAGCCGUCUUCCUCAGCGUGGAUCCAUUCAUGCGAGGUUUAUCAGAAAAAUUCACAAUCGGAGAACCCAUUUGGGGAACUCAAGUAGCCAGGAUUGUUGAAAGUAAAAAUGAAGAAUUUCCAGUUGGAAAAUUAGUUGUUCUAAGAGCAGGUUGGAGGACUUACAGCAUCUCCAAUGGUAAAAAAGAACCACCAACUCUUCCAGAACCCUAUCUACUUCCAGACAUUGGAGAUCUCUCCCCUUCUGUUGCUCUAGGAGUACUUGGUAUGACAGGAAACACAGCAUACUUCUUGUUCUUGGAGCUCUGCCAACCCAAAGAAGGUGACACGGUUGUGGUUACUGCAGCAGCUGGAGCAAUUGGAAGUAUUGUAGGACAGAUAGGGAAAAUAUACGGUUGCAACGUCAUUGGAAUAGCUGGAUCUAAUGAAAAAGGCGAAUGGUUGGUUAAGGAACUGGGAUUCGAUCAUUUUAUUAACUAUAAGGUUGAUGAUAUCGAUGCUAAAUUGAAGAAAAUUGCUCCGCAAGGUGUAGACUGCUUUUUCGAUAGUGUCGGAGGAAAGACAGCUGAAAUAAUCUACAGUCAUAUGAAUAACAAUGGAAGAGUAGCAAUAAAUGGCAGCAUCUCCAACUACAAUAAGGAAAAACCUGAUUAUUCUCUCUCCUCGUCAGUUCAAAAAGCAAUACAAGAGAAAAACUUGUCAGCCAAAACCCUGGGAGUCUAUUGUCGAUCAAAGGACUGGAUGACGGGAAUAAACCAACUGCACACGUGGGUAAACGAAGGAAAAAUCAAGUAUAGAGAAACCAUAGUCGAUGGUAUCGAAAACAUGUUCGACCUCUUUGUCGAUAUGUUGACGGGGAAAACAACCGGAAAAGCUGUCAUUAGAGCUUAGACAAAUUAACUAUACUCGUACCAGCCAUCUAAGAGACUCAGACAAUAAUAUUCAGCUCAACGAUAUGCUACUGCUCGAGGUGUGAAAUUAUAUAAACAAGGGAUCAUUUCGUAAAACAUGUAGGCUCUUGUUUAUGGAAUUUCAUACCUCUAUCAAUAGCACACCUCUGAGCUGAAUAUUUAUGAGUCCCUUACAAAUCUGGUACUAUUUUGCACAAAGUGAUCGUCAUAAGACGACGAAUAUUUUUUAAUUAACUUAUUGUUAAUGAUAUUAGAUAUAUAUGCUUAUGGCAGUUUAUUUAUUGUAUUUAUGAUAAGUUUAAGUACAUAAUAAAACAAAGCAUUUUUAUGCUCAUUAACCAGUUUAAAAAGUGAUAUAACCGUUAAUGAUACAAACUUUAUAUAAAAAAGUAUUGUGCUGCUUUUGUAUCUUAUCAGUAUUAUUGUAGGAAUAAUUAAAGUAAAUUAAAUAUUUCUUAAUUGACAAACAAAACUUAUUUAAUUAAUAAAAUAAAAGAAUUGUUACUAUUUA